ACCGGCGUCCCGCUGAGCUGGACUUGGCGCUGGGCCCGGGCGGCUGCCGGUCGCUUCCGUCUCUGGGUGUUCACGGCCUGGCUUAGUUCCUUUUCAGACCAUGGCAACCUAUCUGGAGUUUAUCCAGCAAAAUGAGGAGCAAGAUGGUGUUCGUUUCAGUUGGAAUGUGUGGCCAUCUAGUCGCCUUGAGGCCACAAGAAUGGUUGUCCCUCUGGCAUGUCUACUUACUCCCUUAAAAGAACGUCCAGAUUUACCUCCAGUACAAUAUGAACCUGUACUUUGUAGCAGGCCAACUUGUAAAGCAGUUCUCAAUCCACUUUGUCAGGUUGAUUAUCGAGCUAAGCUUUGGGCCUGUAAUUUCUGUUUUCAGAGAAAUCAGUUUCCUCCAGCAUAUGCAGGCAUAUCUGAGGUGAAUCAACCUGCAGAAUUGAUGCCCCAGUUUUCUACAAUUGAGUACAUAGUGCAGCGAGGGCCUCAGACACCCUUGAUUUUUCUCUAUGUUGUUGAUACAUGUCUGGAAGAAGAAGACCUUCAAGCUCUAAAAGAGUCUCUGCAGAUGUCCCUAAGUCUUCUUCCUCCAGAUGCUCUGGUGGGUCUAAUCACCUUUGGUAGAAUGGUGCAGGUUCAUGAGUUGAGCUGUGAAGGAAUCUCAAAAAGCUAUGUCUUUCGAGGGACCAAGGAUUUGACUGCAAAGCAAAUACAGGAUAUGUUAGGCCUUACCAAGCCAGCUAUGUCUGCUCAGCAAGCAAGAUCUGUUCAACCACAAGGACAACCUUUUAUAUCAAGCAGGUUUCUGCAGCCUGUUCAUAAGAUUGACAUGAACCUGACAGAUCUUCUUGGGGAAUUACAAAGGGACCCAUGGCCAGUAACUCAAGGAAAAAGACCCUUGCGAUCCACAGGUGUCGCUUUGUCCAUUGCUGUUGGCUUAUUGGAGGGCACUUUUCCAAAUACGGGAGCCAGAAUUAUGUUGUUUACUGGAGGCCCACCCACUCAAGGACCAGGCAUGGUAGUUGGAGAUGAAUUAAAGGUUCCCAUUCGUUCCUGGCAUGACAUAGAGAAAGACAAUGCACGUUUUAUGAAAAAGGCAACCAAACACUAUGAGAUGCUUGCUAAUCGUACCGCUACAAAUGGUCACUGCAUCGAUAUUUACGCCUGUGCCCUUGAUCAAACUGGUCUUCUGGAGAUGAAGUGUUGUGCAAAUCUUACUGGUGGUCAUAUGGUGAUGGGAGAUUCCUUCAACACAUCUCUCUUCAAGCAGACAUUCCAAAGGGUUUUUAGUAGAGACUUUAAUGGAGAUUUUCGAAUGGCAUUUGGUGCUACUUUGGAUGUUAAGACUUCUAGAGAACUGAAGAUUUCAGGAGCAAUUGGUCCAUGUAUAUCUCUAAAUGUGAAAGGGCCUUGUGUGUCAGAAAAUGAAUAUGGCAUUAGUGGUACUAGUCAAUGGAAAAUCUGUAGUCUGGAUCCCACAUCAACUCUUGCCAUCUACUUUGAAGUAGUUAAUCAGCACAAUGCACCAAUACCUCAAGGAGGCAGAGGAGCCAUUCAGUUUGUUACCCAGUAUCAGCAUUCCAGCACCCAGAGACGAAUCCGAGUGACCACAGUUGCCAGAAAUUGGGCAGAUGCACAGAAUCAGCUCCAGCAUAUAGAAGCUGCCUUUGACCAAGAAGCUGCUGCAGUAUUGAUGGCCCGGCUUGGAGUGUUCAGGGCUGAAUCAGAAGAGGGACCUGAUGUUCUCCGGUGGCUAGACAGACAACUAAUCAGACUGUGUCAGAAAUUUGGACAGUAUAACAAAGAGGACCCCAAUUCUUUUAGAUUGUCUGACUCAUUUUCUUUGUAUCCUCAGUUCAUGUUCCAUCUUCGAAGAUCUCCAUUUCUUCAAGUGUUUAAUAACAGUCCAGAUGAAUCAUCUUAUUACCGGCAUCAUUUUGCCAGACAAGACUUGACCCAGUCUCUCAUCAUGAUCCAGCCUAUUCUUUAUUCUUAUUCUUUCCAUGGUCCACCUGAGCCAGUACUUUUGGACAGCAGCAGCAUUUUAGCUGACAGAAUUCUACUGAUGGAUACCUUUUUCCAAAUUGUCAUCUAUCUUGGUGAGACCAUAGCCCAGUGGCGUAAAGCUGGCUAUCAAGACAUGCCUGAGUAUGAAAAUUUCAAGCAUCUUCUACAAGCUCCAUUGGAUGAUGCCCAGGAUAUCCUGCAAACUCGAUUCCCGAUGCCAAGAUACAUCAACACUGAACAUGGAGGUAGUCAAGCUCGGUUCCUCUUGUCCAAAGUGAAUCCAUCUCAGACACACAAUAAUUUGUAUGCUUGGGGACAGGAAUCUGGAGCUCCAAUAUUAACAGAUGAUGUUAGUCUACAAGUGUUCAUGGAUCAUUUGAAAAAGUUGGCAGUGUCAAGUGCCUCCUAAAUUGAGAAAGUAGCAGGAAUGUUCAAGAAAGAAGACAAUAACUAGACUAUGUUCAUAGCUAUUUGAAACAUUUACUACCUUCCUUUUACUUCAUUGUAAGAUUUUAAAAUGUUGUCAUGUACUCCAUACAUUCAAAAGCAGUUUUUUUACAUAGUUCUUUUGAUUUUUAA